AAUGUAGCCCGCCAUCUUGUGCCGCGGCAGAGGAGAAGAGCAGCAGAGAUGGCAGACUACAGCAGCGUGGCUCCACCGUCCUCUAACGCUGGUGGGGGAAUGAACGAUGCUUUUAAAGACGCUCUACAGCGAGCGAGACAGAUCGCAGCCAAGAUCGGCGGAGAUGGCGUUGCGGCUCCCCCAACGAACGAGUUUGGCUACGGGGGCCAAAAAAGGCCCCUGGAGGACGCUGGUGGGUAUUUUCCCAUGCCUAACCUGAAUAUCGAUCAACCAGAGACGAAGAAAGUCGCGACGAAUGACGCCUUUUCGGCCAUGGGAGGAAUGGGCGGCCCUCCGAGAUCGACGUCAGAGGAGUUCAAGGUUCCAGACGGGAUGGUGGGAUUCAUUAUUGGAAGAGGAGGCGAGCAGAUAUCCCGCAUCCAGCAAGAGUCUGGGUGUAAAAUACAGAUUGCUCCUGACAGUGGAGGAAUGCCUGAUAGGUCGGUGACAUUAACGGGGGGACCAGAAUCAAUCCAGGCCGCAAAGAGACUUCUGACUGAGAUCGUGGAGAAAGGCCGUCCAGCUCCAGCUUUCCACCACAACGACGGUCCGGGAAUGACGGUCCAGGAAAUCAUGGUGCCUGCGUCCAAAGCCGGCCUUGUCAUCGGAAAGGGAGGGGAGACCAUCAAAAGCCUUCAGGAACGAGCCGGUGUGAAGAUGGUCAUGAUCCAAGACGGACCGCAGAACACGGGCGCAGACAAGCCACUCCGCAUUUCCGGAGACCCCUUCAAAGUUCAGCAAGCCAAAGAGAUGGUGAUGGAGCUGAUCAGAGAGCAGGGCUUCAGGGAGCAGAGGGGCGAGUACGGCUCCCGGGUCGGAGGAGGAGACAGCUUAGAUGUUCCAGUGCCACGGUUUGCAGUUGGAAUCGUCAUCGGCAGGAACGGAGAGAUGAUUAAGAAAAUACAGAACGACACUGGCGUCAGGAUUCAGUUCAAGCCAGACGACGGCACCACGCCCGACAGGAUAGCACAGAUCAUGGGUCCCCCCGACCAGGCCCAACACGCAGCGGAGAUCAUCUCAGACCUGCUGAGGAGUGUCCAGGCGGGAGGCCCCCCGGGACACGGCGGUGGCAGGGGACGCGGUCGUGGCCAGGGCAACUGGAACAUGGGGCCCCCCGGGGGUCUGCAGGAGUUCUCCUUCACAGUCCCCACCAUGAAGACCGGCCUCAUUAUCGGAAAAGGGGGGGAGACGAUCAAAGGCAUCAGCCAACAAUCGGGAGCCAGGAUCGAGCUGCAGAGGAAUCCUCCGCCCAACGCCGACCCCAACCUAAAGAUGUUCACCGUCAGAGGAAACCCUCAGCAGAUCGACUACGCCCGGCAGCUGGUGGAGGAGAAGAUCGGGGGCCCCGUCACGCCGAUGGGCGGCCCACACGGUCCUCCAGGUCCACAUGGAGGGCCGGGUCCCCACGGACCCCCUGGACCACCAGGACCCCCAGGAGCUCCGAUGGGACCCUACAACCCCGGCCCCUACAACCAAGGGCCUCCAGGACCCCACGGUCCUCCUGCUCCCUACCAGCCUCAGGGAUGGGGCAACGGUUACCCCCACUGGCAGCAGGGACAGCCGGACCCCAACAAAGCGGCGGCUGACGCCAACGCGGCGGCCUGGGCGGCGUACUACGCCCAGUACGGCGGCCAGCCGCAGGCCUCCAUGACCCCGGCCAGCGCGGCGCCGGGCACGGCUCAGCCCAACGGCCAAGGUGACCCACAGGCUGCAGGUCAGAGUGGACAGACAGAUUACACCAAGGCCUGGGAGGAAUAUUACAAGAAAAUGGGUCAGCAGAGUCAGCCGCCUCAGGACUACACCAAGGCCUGGGAGGAGUAUUACAAGAAACAAGGUCAAGCCGCUCCCCAGGCGGCACCGGCCGCGGCGCCGGCCGCCGCUCAGCCCGGAGGCCAGCCGGACUACAGCGCCGCCUGGGCGGAGUACUACCGCCAGCAGGCCGCCUACUACGGCACCGGCAACCCCCAGGCCAUGGGUGCAGCGCCACAAGCCCCCCAGGUAAAUGUCCGCUAAGAACCCGCCUGCUUAUAUUUGCUCGUCACAUUUGCACCCUCACCCCGCUUCCUCCCUCAGGUCUCCACAGGGCUCCGGUGACGGCGGCAGCACCUAACCCAACCUCUUCCUCCCUAAACAGGCUUUUUAUUUUUAUUUUUGGGAAGCUGAGUCCACUGUUUCUGCUGUUAACAUGCAAUGUAUCUUCUAUGUAUUUCUUCUGCACAGGGCCAGUAAUGUGAAGUGGACAUAAAGUAAAUGCUACAUUGUCGAAACAAAAUCCUUUGUUAAAUGUUUGGAUGCAGACGCCUUGAUGAAGAUCUUAAAUUUCCUUGGUUUGAAAGUUUCACAUAGAUGGCAGAUUACCCGGCGAACACGUCCUCUUUGAUUUUUCUGUUUUGGGUUGGUUUCUUUAUUUUUUUUUUUCUGUUUUUUUGUUUUUUUGUUUUCCCCUUUUUCUUGUAAAUGCUAUGUUUUUAGUAAAGGUAAUUAUACAUAUGGUCAUUCCAGCCCUGUAUCUACAUUAAAUGUGGUUAGAAGUCAUGUUUAUUAAACUGUAGACAUUACCAUGUAAAUCAUCUCAGUUUUAAAAAUGAUAUUGCCUGUCGUGUUUUUGCAAUAAAACAAACUGAAACCUCCUGUGUUGGUAAGUUGGGGUGGUCCAAAACAACAACCUUAAACAAAAAAGGGUUUAAAUGAACAACUUGUUUGUUUUUUAUUGUGUUUGUAACGAGCUGUCUGAGGAGCUUUAGGCCACGUGUGGGUUUGUCGUAUAAAAAUCGACUGAAGUUGUGCUGUCCUGUCUCUCUCCAACUGUCUAUAAGGCUCAGAGAAGCGUGCAGCCAUGCUGAAUGAUUGAAGUCUUGCUGAUUAGACAUUGUGUUUUUUUUUUUUGUUGUUGUUUAAACAAACGUUGAAAGUGCUGACUGUAGUUGUAGGUGCACUUGGACGGACGGGUGUUACGGUUUCGGCUCCGUACGCAGACGCCGUUGAGCCUAGUCGUUGUGCCUUGGUGGCCGCUUCCUCUUCCACAGGCAGGUUUAGAAAAUACAAAACAAAAAACGUGGUAAGCAGGUAAUCUGAACGUGUGCUUUCCAGAAACGAUGCUUUAUUUUUAUUAUUAUUUAGUGUUACAUAUACAUAUUUUUGUGCUGUUCUUUUUGCAGGACAGUCAGGUAAAUAGCCACUGUAUGAAACAAGAUGUUGAAACGUAUUCUUUGCCCGUUCCCGGUUUUGUAUUAUUUUUUUUUUCCUCUUUAAAAUAUAAAAACAUUGCAAAAGUCGUCUAAUUUUAGUGUUUAUAAAAGCAUAGCUGGUGUAGGGUUGAGGGGGGGGGGGGGGGUUAAGCAGCUUCUUCAUCCAUCAGUUGAGCCCUCCUGUAAUGUAAGUACAAAACUGAGACAUGCACACUUUUUUUGAAUGCUUUCUAAACUGCUAAACGUGUAGAUUUUUGUGAGAAAUUACCCCGUUUUCCCCCCUUUUUUUGGUGGGUAAGUAUGCAACAAGUAAAGUUUGGUUCUCCUACCACAUGUUUCUGCAUAACCCCUAGACUUAUAGUCCUGAAAGUGAGCUGUUUUUUUUUAGAAUGUGUAGAGAUGGGUUUUCUGAACUGAUGAGGGCUUUGAUGGUAGAAACUGUUUUUUUUCUUGCGCUCUGAAUCUGACCUGUUGUUGUUGUUGUUGUUGGCUCAUGUUUACUGUGGAAAUGAACUGAAAUGCCAUUCAAUGCCACGUUCUGCAUAGGAAGUGCAUACCUCCAGCGUAGCAUGCCUGGGUUUCCUCUUGAUCUUUGUUUUUUUUUUAAUCAUGUCCCAUUGAAGCGUGUCAGAUGCUAGUUGUGGACGUCUCUUUAUUACGGAGCGAUCUUGUUGCCAGGCUGUUGAGUUUUUCUUGCAAAAAAAAAAAAGGCGGCGCAAUAUUUGACUGCAUUGUUCACUGAUGGCAAACAGUGCGAAUAUAUAUAUCUGAUCUCUGCAGUGUCAUUCCAGACCUUGCACCUUAGGUUCUGCUGCAUUAACACAGGUAAGCGAAACCUAAGGGAACAAGUGUUAUUUCUGUCCUCUGAAUUGUAACCAUGCACAACGAAAUGCUUACCCGUGGUGUUAACCUGCCUCAAUGCAUUUAUGCUUAGCUGUAAAAACAAAAUGUUGCCUCAUAUUUCCACCCCCGAGCGGUCCGUUUCAGUCUCAGCUUUCUGGUCCAUGAACUGCAUGAUGAGUUGUAAAUCACUUGUUUUGAUGGUUGCCUUCCCCAAAGAAAAAGUUGCAUAAAUGGAAAUGUUUUUAUCACAUGUGCUUUAAAAUAUUAAGGCCUUUCCUAUCUGGUAAGUCCAAGCAACUGUUUUUUUUUUUUUUUGUCUCUAAGGAUACUUUAGGUUGACACUGAUUUUAAUGAAAUGCAUGCCACGCUGUUGCCAGAAGUUAGCAAUGUGCUCAAAUGUUAGGUGGACUAAUCGGUGAAAUGCAUUUUAUUUGUCAUCUUUGAAAAAGAGAGAGAAACGUUUUCUGUGGUGGUGUAAAUCUGCCGUAAAGUGCAGUGCAAACCUUCUAUUGAAACGAUGCUGCCUUCACUUCUUGCUCACAGUGUUGGAGGAUGCUGCAGGCUUAGGUCGUAAAAUCAGGCCGUGUCGUAGUUUGUCUUCCCCCCCCUACCCCAAAAGGAGGCAUCCUUUGAGUCUAUCCCGCUGCUGAACGUAGACCGUUCAAGAGCUCCAGUCAUAAGGUAAAGCAGCAAACGCAAUGAAAUUGAAAUUCUCUUGAUUGCAAAUUGUUGCUCAGAUUGAUUUUUUUAUUAUUCUGCCAGUCUGGGUUGACUUGUUUCAUCCAUGAUGCUAUAGUUUGUUUAGAGCUAUGAUGGUUGUUUCUGAAUGCCUUUAUUUAUAAAUAAAUGUACCUUCUUUUUUAAAAAAAAAAAAACUGUAGAAAGUUGGAUGAGAGCAGGAACUGAAACUUUGAUUGACCCAUACAGUGUUCUAGGCAGGAAAAAAGUUGGAGGUUGUCAGUUUAACAAAAACAAUAAAAAAAAAAAAGUAAAUCACUUUUCUUUGUAGUGAAAAAGGUUUCUAAUUGUUUUAGACUGAGAUGCUAAGUGUUGCGACACAGUUCGAGAGGGUGUUGAGGACAAAACAAGGAGCAUGCCUUAGAGGUAAAAACAGGUUUCAUGUGCUGUGUAUACUACAUCUACUGGGUUGUCUUUUUGAAUUACCUUUUAAUUGAAAUGUUGCCAUGUUCACCAAUAAAGUUGUAAUAAACGGUA